AUGGCUAUCAUCACAGAACAAGAACCAGAUCAACAACAACAACAACACCAACCUAAACAACCAACCAAAACCACACCUAACCAAUUAUCUUUCUGCCUAUACUUCACUCUUCCAAUCUCUCUCAUUACCCUCUACUACCUCUUCACUUCCUCACCACAAACAUCCUUCCUCAACUUACCCACCACCCUCCGUCACCACUACUCCAACGGCCGCUUCAUCCAACUCCAAACCCGCCCAAACCAACAACCCAUUAAUAUUUUCACUUUCCAACCACCUCCCCUCACUCCAACGCCUUCGGAAACCGUUCUCAUUCUCCACGGUCAAGCUCUCAGUUCGUACUCUUAUCGUAACUUAGUUCAAUCUCUUUGCACGAAAGGUGUUCGCGUUAUUGCCGUUGAUCUCCCGGGGUAUGGAUUCUCUGAUAAAUCACUUCAGGUUUCAGCUGAUGGGUUUGAUGGGUUUUUUGGGAGGGUUACUUAUGUUUAUAGUCAGAUUCGAGAAAAGGGUUUUUUCUGGGCGUUUGAUCAGAUUGUUGAGACGGGUCAGAUUCCUUAUGAGGAGAUUAUUAAGAGAAUGUCUGAGAGGAAAGUCAGUAAGCCUAUUGAUUUGGGUUUGGAAGAGAUUGGAAAAGUUUUCGGAGAGGUUAUUGCUGCUUUAGAGUUGGGUUCUGUUCAUUUCGUUUUGCAUGAUUCGGCGUUAGGGUUUUGUGCCAAUUGGGUUUCGGAGAAUUCAGAUUUGGUUUCGAGUUUGACGCUUAUUGACACGGGGAUUGAUAAUUUGGGUGCUUUUCCUGUUUGGCUUUUGGAGGGGGAUGCGAAUAGGGUGCUGUUGAAGGCUGGGGAUGGGAGGAAAGCUGUUGUGGCUAUUGGGAAGAAUUUGAAUUCUAGCUUUGAUUUAGCGGAAUGGGGUGGUUCUGAUGGAUUGAAAGAUAUGCCAAUGCAACUGAUCUGGGCUAGUGGUUGGUCGGAAGAAUGGAGCCGUGAAGGGAAACGGGUUGCUGGCGCUCUUCCACGGGCAAAGUUUGUUACACAUUCGGGAGGCCGGUGGGCUCAGGAGGAUGUAGCAAUUGAGAUAGCUGAAAAAAUUUCUCAGUUCGUCUUGUCGCUACCAAAGACUGUCAGAAAAGUUAAGCAAGAGUCCUCCAUCCCAGAUCACAUACAGAAGAAUCUGGAUGAAGCAAAUAGUGACGAUGGUCAUGAUAAUCAUCAUGGUCACGGACGGACAUGA